GGAUCAAUGCACGCACACACACGCACGCGGGUGCGCGCGUCCUGUCCGCGCAUCCGCAGCGCGCGCUCUCUCUGUCUCUCACCACCGGGCCGCUCGUGGAUACGCGCGCGUUAUAGACCGGAAAGCCUCCGCCGUCUCGUCUCGUGAAUGCCGGGAGCAAUGCCGCUGUGAGGGCGGAUCGGAUAUCUCUCUCCUCCGCGUUAUCUUCCGCACGGCCGGCCGGCGCUGGGGCGAGCGGCCUGUAAACACACAAGAUGUCGACCCGAACGCCAUUGCCCACCGUGAACGAGCGCGACGCCGAGCAUCACACGUCUGUCGAUGGCUAUGGCGACACACCAGCACCGCCCACAAAGUCCUCGAGUCGACAGAGUCUCCCACGCUGCCGAAAUUCAGUGGCAUCCAUCACAGACGAACAGCCUCACGUCGGCAACUACAGACUGCUUAAAACCAUCGGCAAGGGGAACUUUGCUAAAGUCAAACUCGCCCGUCAUGUUUUAACAGGACGAGAGGUGGCGGUGAAGAUCAUUGAUAAAACACAAUUGAAUCCCACUAGUCUUCAGAAGCUCUUUCGUGAAGUGAGGAUUAUGAAGGUCUUAAAUCAUCCUAAUAUUGUUAAGUUAUUUGAAGUUAUUGAGACGGAGAAGACGCUUUAUUUAAUUAUGGAGUAUGCAAGUGGAGGUGAGGUGUUUGACUACUUAGUUGCACAUGGGAGAAUGAAGGAGAAGGAAGCCAGAGCCAAGUUUAGACAGAUUGUGUCUGCGGUGCAAUAUUGUCAUCAGAAGAGAAUCGUUCACAGAGAUCUCAAGGCUGAAAACCUGCUGCUCGAUGCCGAUAUGAAUAUAAAGAUCGCCGACUUUGGCUUCAGUAAUGAGUUCACCAUUGGGAGUAAGUUGGACACGUUCUGCGGAAGUCCUCCAUACGCGGCUCCUGAACUCUUUCAGGGUAAAAAGUAUGAUGGACCGGAGGUGGACGUCUGGAGUCUGGGGGUCAUCCUGUACACACUUGUCAGCGGCUCUCUUCCAUUUGAUGGACAAAAUCUAAAGGAGCUGAGAGAGAGAGUUUUGCGAGGGAAGUAUCGGAUUCCCUUCUACAUGUCUACAGAUUGUGAAAACCUGCUGAAGAAACUGUUGGUGUUGAACCCUGGCAAGCGUGGCAGUCUGGAGCAAAUCAUGAAGGAUCGCUGGAUGAAUGUUGGCCAUGAGGAAGAAGAGCUGAAGCCCUACACAGAACCUGAGCCAGACUUCAGCGACACCAAACGUAUCGGUCUGUAUCCUGCUUUAGCCUAUAUCUGCUUUAGUAUUCAUAAUCUUACAAAACGUGUUUUAGUACCAGUGAUCUCUCAUGUUGUUUCAGAUCUCAUGAUCACUAUGGGUUUCCCUAAAGAUGACAUCACAGAGUCAUUAGUGGGUCAGAAAUACGAUGAGGUCAUGGCCACGUAUCUUCUCCUGGGCAGGAAAGCACCAGAUUUUGAAGGGAGUGAAUCAGUAUCCAGCACAAACCUGUGUCAAAGAUCUCGACCCAGCAGCGAUCUGAACAACAGCAGCAGCAGUAACACGCAGUCACCGGCACACAUCAGAGUCCAGCGCAGUAUCUCUACUACUCAAAAACAACGGCGAUUCAGUGAUCACGUUGCUCCGUCCAUACCUCCAGCCGUCUCGUACACCAAACGCUCUCAGGCCAACAGUGUGGAGGGAGAUAAGAAAGAUGAAUGGGAAGCGUCCCGUAAGCUGCCGUCCUCAAGCUCAAAGGGAGACGUGCCCACCUCUCCUCUGGUAACACAGGAGCGCAGGAAAUCCUCUAUAGCAUCAGGGAACGGCGCUUCUGGAGGAAUGACCAGAAGAAACACAUACGUGUGUGAACGCACCAGUACAGACCGAUAUUCAGCCAUCACCAACGGCAAAGACAGCAGUUUGACGGAGAUGUCCACUGCGGCUACUGGUUCAUCUUCAGUGUCUCCUGGAGCGUCGUCUGCACUGGCAUCCACUCGGCCACGUCACGUGAAGUCCAUGUCCGCCUCGGGUCACCCGACCAAAUCCCCUCUGCCGCCCAUCGAGGACAACGCUGAAUACAAGAGCUCCGGCGGCACUAGAGCUCCGUCCGCCUCUCCAUCCGCUCACAGCAUCAGCAGUAUGACUCCGGACCGGACCCGUUUUCCUCGAGGCACCUCCAGCCGGAGCACUUUUCACGGAGCACAGCUCAGAGACCGACGCAGUGCCACCUACAACGGCCCGCCCGCUUCACCCACCCUGUCACAUGACACUGGUGCUCUAGCCCAGGCCCGCAGAGGAACCUCAUCCGGUUUCAUCAGCAAACUCACCUCAAAAUUUGGGCGCAGGUUACCGAGUGAAGGAGAAGCCCGCGGUCGGGCGUACAGCGUCAGGAGCGGAUCCGGAGAACCCAAAGAAGACGGUCGCGACUCAAAGCCGAGAUCGCUGCGUUUCACCUGGAGCAUGAAGACCACGUCCUCCAUGGAGCCCGGAGACAUGAUGAGAGAAAUCCGCAAGGUGCUGGACGCCAACAACUGCGACUACGAGCAACGCGAACGCUUCCUACUAUUCUGCGUCCACGGCGACGCUCGCCAGGACAGCCUCGUCCAAUGGGAGAUGGAGGUGUGCAAACUGCCCCGCCUCUCUCUCAACGGUGUACGCUUCAAACGCAUCUCGGGGACGUCCAUCGCCUUCAAGAACAUUGCCUCUAAAAUUGCCAACGAGCUCAAGCUGUAAGCGAAGGCUUUGGGACGUGCGUGCACCAUUAGAGUUACUGCUUCUGUGAUGUGUAGUGGAGAAAAAAAAAGAUGAAUGCUAAAGAUGAAAAGCGCCCUCACCUGACCUCUCGCAUUAUAUACACCUGGUUAUAGCAACCAUCUCGCAAUAAUACCGAAACCCUUUUAGGGUCGCCAGGACAACGAAUGCUAACAGACUCAAAACGGACUUUUUCCACAUGUACAGAUCUGGAUUGUUUUUGUUGUAUCGAAUUAAUGAUAGAGUUGUAUAAUACAGGACUUUAAGCCUACUGAUGUGCAGAUAUGUUGUAUAGCCACUAAUGAGUCUGUACAGAACAAAUCACUGUCGUCAUUUACUUCCUGCAUAGUUUUAUUUUAUUAUUGCUUAAUAGAUUUUUUUAUUUAGAUUUUAGAUUGUUAUGCCAUUCAUCUGUUUUUAUAUUUUCACAAAGGAAAAGUGAAUUAUUAACUUGACCGUCCAGUCGUUUCAAACCCCCGUGCAACUGCAGCAUUUUUUAAUUGUAGACGUGAAUGCAGAUUCAUGCAUUGUGAAUAUUCGGCAUCGAGUAUUAAUAGACUACUGUCACUGGCAAUGAUUGUAUAGUACAGCUCUGUGGGUUUGAAACGACACGUCGGUCAACAUUGACUGAAUUUCAGAUUUGAUGGGACGAUAAAAUGGAGGAAAUGCUGAAGAAGUGUUUAUUUAGUAGUUUAGAAGGUCCGGAUGUACAUUUCAUCAGAUUAGAUUUCAAGCGGUAGUGAUUGAGCGUUGCAUUAACAAACACACUGAGACUUUAUACUAUAAUGUGCAGACAGUUUGCCACUACUCAGCCAUACUUCUAUAACGCUAAAACUUUUAUUUAUUAAGCCAUUUUAUGCCUUUUACGUUGUAUUAAAAAACUCACCCAGAGAAUGCAUGACUUUUUGUAUUUGUUUUUGUAUUUAGUGAUGAUGAUGAUGAAGAUAGGGAUUAUGACCACCUGUACUGGUACAUUUCUACUAUUGUGUUUUGUACCGAAGUAUCAGAGGAUAAAUGUGCAAUGCUGUCUAUGCUGUGUUACUGUAACGUUGAUGAAAGAAGUCACGACUGCACACUUCUCUUAAGGGGAGAUUACAUUGGAGAAUAAGUGGCUGAAGCUGUGAUGAUAAAGAUCUUAUUUGUUUCAUGGUACCUUUUUUAUAGUUUUUUUGUUUUGUUUUGGCAUUGUGGAUGAAAGUGAUUUAGAUGGCUGAAGUUUUCCAAAUAAUGCAAGCGACUCUUCAUUCCAUCUCAUCAUUCCUCGCACCUCUGCCCUGUUUUUCUCUUAACAUGGUACUGUACAAUUGUGAGCUGAAGUCUCUUGGGCCGCUGUGGUUCAGUCCCCCAUUAAAGCUUACUUGAAACCGG